AUGUCCUCGUCACUAUUGACCGCUUCACCUUCGACACAAUCCGCUCCGAGCAGCAGCAAGCAACAACCAGCAUUUGAUGAUGCGUGCUUCAAGACACCACUGCCGUUUAAAAAACCUCGUCGUGGACGUGGUGCAACGUCCACAGCAGCAGGGGGUGGAACCCGUCCGAAUGGCUAUCACUCGUCCGGUAGUACACGUGGACGGGGUGUUGGUAGGCCGCCAUUGCGAACUGUAGCUCCCACGCCACCUCCGCCGCCACCCAAAUUUGUUUUGCAUGAUGUGGCAUGUCCGCAUACGGCAGCUUACCUAGGUGCUCUUAGCCUCCCGAAAUUUGCAUCGGUUCAACCCGAAGGUGAAGUAAAGGAGGAAAUAGUCGACUGUGAUGAGGAGAAGCCAUCUACGUCGAAAGGUGGUGACGGCGUUAAGGAAGAGGUCUCAGAUGAACGUAGUGAUUCUGGAUCGGGUUCAAGCGUAAUAUUGCUUGAAAAUGGGGAAUGUGAUAAUACAAAGGAAAAAACGGGUGAAGAAAAUAAGGAGAAUGGUGCGACAUCCUCAACAGAUAGUUCAGAGGUGUCUAAAGAAGAGUCAACUGAAGAUUCGAAAGAUAAUGUGACAAAUAAACUGCCUUUUGUGGAGGAGACAAUAUUAGACGAGUUUUCAUUGCUGCUGUUCACGUGCUUACCAGAUGCGCAGGUUUUUGAGAAAGAAUUGGAAGCGGUACGUGCACGAGAAGAAAUCGAAAAGAAACGAUUAGCAGCUGAGAAAGCGAUACGAAUUGAAAAAUUAAAACGAAAGAUCCGCUCGAAAAAGCUUAAUUACUAUGAAUUAUUUAUUUAUGGUGCAUUUCUCACUGUACACGCGGAGCUUCGACAGAAAUCUAAGGCCAUAGCAGUGGAGUUGGCCGGGGAAAUUGAAGGAUAA